UUUGACAAGUGGCUGCCAUAUUGGUCCCUUGCAGUGGUGAUUAUAUAGUUUCUUCAUGUGGCGUUUCCGCGUGUCUGGGUUCGGUAUUACCCGACUCCUUGGCUACCGCCUGGGGUUGUCCCAUCGGUGUGUGACGGAUCUUGUAAGAUGUGAGGCUGUGUCUGUGCGCCACCAUGAGCAGAGUCGUUGGUUACCGGUUUUGGGACAUAAACCACUUAAUAUGCAGUUUCAGCAUGAGAACACUUGGGGGCGCAGGGACAGCGCACAACAAGAUGAGAUGCAGUACCUUGAAAGAAACACACGGUGGAACCAGAGUGAAACAAACAGCAUUCCGCAUGGGAUCUCUGUGCUCGCUGCUGCCCUUCUGGCUUAUUGUUACAGCAAGUCCGAGGGGGAGGAACUGCUGGAAGCUGCCAGGACUAGUAAUAUCUAUGAAGUAGACCGGUUGCUGGCGCAGAAGGUCGACCCAAAUACACGACAUAAACUCGGCUGGACUGCUCUGAUGGUGGCUGCCAUAGGGAGGAACCAGAGUGUUGUAAAAUCUCUGCUAAAGGCCGGCGCUGAUCCAAACCUCGGGGAUGAGUUCGCCAGCGUCUAUGAGACAGCCAAGGCUAAAAGCAUACACUCUUUAGAAGUUCUGGUGGUCCGAGAGGAUGAGUUCAGUAAUCGUCUGAAUACCAGGGCCAGCUUUCGGGGCUGCACUGCGCUGCAUUAUGCAGUACUGGCUGAUGAUUAUGGCACAGUAAGGGAGUUACUGCAGGGAGGUGCCAACCCACUGCAGAAGAACGACAUGGGGCACAGUCCUCUAGACUAUGCGCGAGAAGGGGAGAUUAAAAAGCUGCUUAAAUCAUGGGAGACCAAGUUCCAGGAAGAGGAAAGGAGAAGAGACAUGGAGGAACGACGGAGAUUUCCGCUGGAGCAGCGCCUGAAAGAGCACAUAGUUGGCCAGGAAAGUGCCAUAGCCACGGUGGGCGCAGCCAUCCGCAGGAAGGAGAACGGCUGGUAUGACGAAGAGCAUCCCUUGGUCUUCUUGUUCCUCGGCUCGUCAGGCAUAGGAAAAACUGAGCUGGCCAAGCAGACAGCACGAUACCUUCACAAGGACGUAAAAAAGGGAUUCAUCCGGCUGGAUAUGUCCGAAUUCCAGGAGAAGCAUGAGGUAGCUAAGUUUAUUGGUUCUCCUCCUGGGUACGUUGGCCAUGAGGAAGGAGGGCAGCUGACGAAGAAGCUGAAGCAGUGCCCAAAUGCAGUGGUUCUAUUUGACGAGGUGGACAAAGCUCAUCCGGACGUGCUCACCAUCAUGCUGCAGCUCUUUGACGAGGGCCGUCUGACUGAUGGGAAGGGAAACACCAUUGAAUGCAAAGAUGCCAUAUUUAUCAUGACCUGUAACGUGGGCAGUGAUGAGAUCGCCCAGUACGCCCUGCAGCUCAGACAGGAGGCCCAAGAGAUGAACAGGAAGAGGCUGGCUGAGAAUCUGGAUGAUAUCCAGAUUAGUGAAAAGAUCACCAUAUCCAAGCAGUUCAAGGAAAACGUCAUCCGGCCCAUACUGAAGGCUCAUUUCCGGAGAGACGAGUUCCUGGGAAGGAUCAAUGAAAUUGUCUACUUCCUGCCCUUCUGCCAAUCGGAGCUCACUCAGCUGGUCCAUAAGGAGCUCAGCUCGUGGGCAAAAAGGGCCAAGCAGAGACACAACAUCACUCUGCUGUGGGAUCGAGAGGUGAUGGACGUGUUAGCAGACGGCUACAAUGUGCAUUAUGGGGCUCGCUCUAUCAAACAUGAGGUUGACAGACGUGUGGUUAACCAGUUAGCUGCUGCGUACGAGCAGGACCUCCUGCCACGGGACUGCACGCUUAGGAUUGCCGUUGAAGACUCUGACAAACAUCUAUUGAAAAGUAAAGGACGGGCCCAGGAAGAGCAAGAUACAGAGAGGAAGGUACCUAGACUGCGUCUGGAGAUUGUAGAGCAGGGCAGUAAGAGUCGGAAGCUGAACAUCCAGCAACCCCUCACCCCAGAAGACGUGGCAUUCUCCAGAUGACUUUGGUGGAACAGUUCAAAGACCAUUUAGUUUGCAGAAUCCAGUGACAGCCAUGUGAUAAAUAAACAUAGAGACUGAUUAGGAUUCAUCAGUGCUUUGUCAUUUGAUUAUGUGACAUCGGAUCAGUGGAACCGUAAUCUUCAUUGGCAGGAGACCUGCUGCUUCACUAAAGUUCUCAGUGAUCAUAAUAUUUCACCCAUUCAAUCACUUUUUGUUAUAGGGAGAUGUGAAUUCUAAAAUGUAAACUGGAGAUUCAGUGGACAGCGUUACUUCAUGACAUCUUCCCCCUGAUUAGUUGAUGAGUCAUUGCACCCAAUACAGCUGGGUUUUUUUUAAUUAAUGUACAAUAUUUUAUCUGUUCACUUUCUGUGGGUAAUUCUAGAUACAUGAAGCAAAUAUUUAUCCUUAUAUGCCAAGAUAAAGUGAUCAGUGCAAGUGCA